GGCGGGCACUCGAGUCCACCAAACCAUUGGAGCGUGAGGUGGGUGAGGUCCACGCCUCCACCUGGUCGGCUGCACGCAACAGCUACAGGAGUUCCAGAUCCUCCCGAGCAGGCCCCUCACUACAUGCGUGUGCUCCUGCCCAUCAUCAUCUACAGGAGUCCCGAGGCAGACACAACACCAGGCCGAGAGAGCGACAGCGCGAGCGUGGGAGAUGGAGAGGACUAGUCGUCUUCGUCUGUUCGAGACGGAGACGCGCGGUGGGCGUGCGGCGUACAGGCUCCACGCCGUCACGGUGGCCGCGGGGAUCCUCCUGCUGAUCUACUACCGGGCGACGCGCGUGCCGGCCGCCGGCGAGGGCAGGGCGGCGUGGCUGGGCAUGCUGGCGGCCGAGCUCUGGUACGCCGCCUACUGGGCCGUCACGCAGUCCGUCCGCUGGAGCCCCCUCCGCCGCCGCCCCUUCAGGGACAGGCUCGCCGCCAGGUACGGAGAAAGCCUACCUUGUGUGGAUAUCUUCGUAUGCACCGCAGAUCCACACUCAGAGCCACCAAGCCUUGUCAUCUCUACCGUCCUAUCGCUCAUGGCAUACAAUUACCCAGCCGGAAAAAUUAGUGUGUACCUUUCUGACGACGGAGGUUCGAUUCUCACUUUCUAUGCUCUGUGGGAGGCCUCCAUAUUUGCAAAGCAUUGGAUACCAUUCUGCAAGAGAUAUAACAUUGAGCCAAGGUCACCAGCCGCUUACUUCUCAGAGUCAGAUGGGCAUCAAGAUUUGUGCACCCCAAAAGAACGGUCUCUUAUCAGGGAGAUGUAUGAAGAUAUGACUGAGCGAAUUGAUACGGCUGUUUCGUCAGGUGAUAUUUCGGAGGAAAUCAAAGCAAAUCACAAAGGAUUUUAUGAAUGGGGCCAAGAAAAUACCUCAAAAAAUCACCAGCCAAUUGUCCAGAUUCUGACAGAGGGAAAAAAUGCAAAUGACGACGAAGGAAAUGUGCUGCCAACACUUGUGUACAUGGCACGUGAGAAGCGGCCUCAACACCACCAUAACUUCAAAGCUGGGGCGAUGAAUGCUCUGAUAAGAAUAUCAUCAGUGAUAAGCAACAGCCCUAUCAUCAUGAAUGUGGACUGUGAUAUGUAUUCCAACAACUGCGAUACAAUAAGAGAUGCAUUGUGCUUUUUCCUUGAUGAAGAAGUUGGUCACAAGAUUGGAUUUGUGCAAUUCCCCCAGAACUAUAAAAAUUUGACCAAGAAUAAUAUAUACGGGAACUCCCACCAAGUUACCAAUCAGGUGCUGAUGGGUGGUAUGGACAGUGUGGGUGGUCCUAUGUAUGUUGGCACUGGAUGUUUCCACAGAAGGGAGAUCCUUUGCGGAAGGAGGUUUACCGAAGACUACAAGGAGGACUGGAACGGAGGAAUCAAGGACAAAACACAAGAGAGCAUAGACAAGAUUGAAGAGAAAGCAAAGUCUUUAGCAGCCUCCACUUAUGAACAUGACACACAGUGGGGAGAUGAGGUUGGGAUAAAAUAUGGUUACCCAGCAGAGGAUAUAGUCACCGGACUGGAAAUACAUUGCAGAGGAUGGAAGUCAGUCCACAGCAAUCCUCCAAGACCAGCAUUUCUGGGUGUAGCUCCAACAACACUUGCUCAGACACUACUGCAGCACAAAAGAUGGAGCGAGGGUAGUUUCUCGAUUUUUCUUUCAAAGUACUGCCCCUUCAUGUUUGGGCAUGGAAAAAUCAAGUUACGGCAUCAAAUGGGCUACUCAAUCUAUGGAUUAUGGGCACCCAAUUCAAUCCCUACACUAUAUUACGUUAUCAUUCCUUCACUAGCUCUCCUCAAAGGCAUCUCCUUGUUCCCAGAGAUUACGAGUCCAUGGAUCACACCCUUCAUAUAUGUCUUAUGUGUGGAGAAUAUGUAUAGUCUGUAUGAGGCAUUAUCAUGUGGAGACACAUUGAAAGGAUGGUGGAACGAACAAAGGAUGUGGAUGGUAAGAAGAAUAACCUCAUAUCUCUAUGGCUUGACUGACACUGUCCGGAAGUUACUAGGACUGUCGAAGAUGACAUUUGCAGUUACAUCGAAGGUAAGUGAAGAAAAUGAAUCCAAGAGAUACGAGCAAGAAAUCAUGGAAUUCGGGUUAUCAGCUCCAGAAUAUGUGAUCAUUGCAACUGUCGCAUUACUCAACCUUAUUUGUCUGGUUGGAGGGCUUAGUCAAAUUAUGACAGGUGGCUGGAAUGUACUCUUGAAUGUAUUUUCCCCCCAGAUCAUUCUUUGUGGAAUGCUAGUGAUCACCAAUAUUCCAUUCUAUGAAGCAAUGUUCGUGAGGAAGGACAAAGGCAGAAUACCGUUCUCAGUUACAUUAGCUUCUAUUAGCUUUGUGAUAUUGGCCCUGCUGGUACCAAUAGUGUAAGGUCCUACAAGAGGCAUUGAUGUCUAACAAAGUAGCAUAUAUUUAUGGAAUUAUGGUUCACUUGAAGUA